UGUGUAGAAAAGUUAGAACCAACUUUGGAAAAUUUUCUUGAUGAUCUUUACUAUGUGUGAACUAAUGUAUAUACAUACAUGUAUCUUAUGCAAGAAGCUAAAUAAUAAAAGCACAUGUAUCUUGCGCAAGAAGCUAAAUAAUAAAAACAACAAAAGAAAUAUCUAAACACUUGUAUCUUUUCUUAACACUUUUUCUUUAUUCUCAACAUCCCCUCAAGAUGGAGGGGAUCGAAGUGAGUCCCAUCUUGGCAAGAAAACGGUGGUGCGAUGGUCCAGAAAGGGAUUUUGUGAAUAUGUCGGCAAUUUGAUCCUUUGAAGGGAGAUAGUGAAGAGAAAUGAGCCCAGAAAGAAAUUGUUGCCGGAAGAAAUGACAAUCUAGCUCCACAUGUUUUGUGCAUUUGUGGAAUAUGGUAUUUCUAGCGAUAUGAAUCGCUGCUUGACUGUCGGAACGAAUGGGCAUUGGCAAAGCCGAUGGAACUGAUAGAUCAAACAAUAAGCGAGUUAACCAAGUGAGCUCCGCAACUAAUCGUCUCAUCGAUCGAUAUUCCACUUUAGCGAAUGAAAGAGAUACAGAUGCUUGCUUGUUGGACUUCCAAGAGAUGGGAGAACCUCCCAUGGAGAUGAAAAACCCACUGAUCGAUCAACGAGAAUUUGGGCAAGACGCCCAAUCCGCAUCGCAAAAUGCAUUGAGGGAGAAAGAUGGAGAGGCAGAUAAGAAGAUCCCUCGACAAGAAUGUCCUUUCAGAAAGUUUACAAGAAGGAUCCAUCGGAGAUGAUACAAGAUGCAAAUGAGAAAUGUCAAACUCUUGAAGUAAAUCAAAGGUAUAUUUCCUUUGACAGAUGAUAAUUCCAUGAUCUUCACUUAAAAUUUCCAUUCCCAGAAAGUAAUGUAGAAGUCCUAGGUCUUUGAUUUUGAAUUCAGAAUGAAGAAACUAUUUUAGACACUCGAUCUCUUUGGUGUCACCACCUGUAAUGAGGAUAUCAUCAACGUAUACAGCCACUAUAGAUAUCAAAGAACCAGUCUUUUUGAAAAAAGGGAAUAGUCAUUGAGAGAAGCACUAUAACCUUUGAAAUUAAGAGCACCUGCAAGUUUGGCAUACCAUUGCCUAGAAGCUUGUCUCAAACCAUAAAGCGACUUAUUGAGUUUGCACAUCAAAUUAGGAUCAGGAGAAGACAAACCAGGUGGAAACUUCAUAUACACUUCUUCUUUCAAAUCUCCUAGCAAGAAAGAAUUUUUAACAUCAAAUUGAGAAAUAUCCCAAUGCCUUUUAGCAUCCACAGAUAAAAUUCAUCGGAUUGUAGUCAUUUUGACUACGGGGGAGAAGGUUUCAUUGAAAUCUACCCCUUCUUUUUGGAUGUCCUCCCUUAUGACCAGCCUAGCUUUUAGCCUCUCAAGUGAUCCAUCUGCAUGAUGUUUUACCUUGUAAACCCAUUUGCAAGGUAAAGCCUUUCUUCCCGGUGAAAGUGGAACCACAUCCCAAGUGUGGUUGGACUGUAAAGCUGCUAGUUCAUCAUCCAAAGAACUGUACCAAUCUGGAUUAGUAGAUGCCUGGUGAUAACGAGUUGGUUCUUUGAUUGUAGACACUGAUUCAAGAAUGAGUUGAUUUGAUAAAGAGAGUCCAGCAAAAUAAAUAGAAUUAGGUGCAACAGAAGAUGCAAAAAAAGACUCAGUGACUGGGCUAAAAAUAUAUUGUUAUAGAAAUAAUCUUGUAAAUGCACUAGACGUACACCUUUAUUAGUUCUGUCUGAUCUCCUAACAAGUGGUGUACUGA